CAGCGAAGCUACAAUCGGCAAUGGCAGCAGAUGGUAAAAAAUUGAUUCAAGUGCAGCUGUCUAACAUCGAGCGAAACUAUCGUGGAUUGCAAUCGCUGUAUAACUGGAAGCCACUGUCCGAAACGAGAGAAGUUUUUCGCGAAAAGUUCCCGCUACUCUUUGACGACAAAGCCAAUCUUAUCCACCGAACGGAACGGUUGAAUUACAUCAAAUCAUCUCAGCCCCAGCUAGCACAGAAUGUGAAAAUACCACUAAAACGCUACGGAGCACCGGACGAAACGCGGGCUAUCGUUGAGCCGGCUGAAUCGUUCCGGUACGGGCAAUCUUGCAACAAGCCAGUUGAACGCCCUGCGGGAGUAAUCUACACUAACGAUAAGGGUUUUGCCCGGCUGGUAGAUCCGUAUGUUAGCACGACGAUGAAAGAUAUCGUUCCACACCGGAACCCCCGCCAUGAUACGGUGACCUUUUGGAACUGGUCGGAGAGGGAGGAACGUCUCCGAGCGCCCCGUGUUGUCGAUGCUCUGCAACCCCGAAAAGUGGUGCCUGUUUUCAAGCGGAAACUGAACAGCGGAUUCGUCAGCGAGAUGCAGGCGAGAUUCACGAAACCCACCGAGCUCCCGUUUCAGCUGGAUCCGCGAAUUACGCAGCCGGUGGUGCUAAAUCCGACCGAUCGCGUCGAGGCAACGACGGAAAAUUCUAUGUACGGUGAUAACAAAAAUUGCGCUUUGAUACUGAAGCAAAGGAAAUACGAAUAA